UGAAAACAGUAUGCAUCGCAAGUCGAGUCAUUCAUCUCACCCAGAGCACCAAGAUCACGGGUCAACCAGGCAAUAUAAAGGGAAUUUUCAUCGUCUCAUGUCGCAAAUUGUACUCACUCAUCUAAGAUUCCCCAUAUCUUGCCGUCUUGUUCUGCAGAGCGAAUCGAGGAGUACCAAGGACAAUGAAGGAGUGGUCCACCCCCCUUACGACGCAGCCCGCCUCUGUGCCCCGUGAGCGGCCGUUUGCGCAAGUGGACGUGUUCACCGCAAUCCCGUACUUCGGUAACCCGGUAGCAGUCGUAAAAGAUGGCACGGGCCUUACUACGUCACAGAUGCAGGCCUUCGCAAACUGGACCAAUCUGAGCGAGACCACCUUCCUGCUUCCGCCUACCGAUGCCAACAAGGGCAAAGCCGAUUAUCGCGUGCGCAUCUUUACGCCUACGGCCGAGCUGCCGUUCGCUGGACAUCCAAGCCUUGGGUCCUGUCAUGCAUGGCUAGAGUCUCGCGGCGAAAACUCACCGUCGACCAUCGAUUCAACCGGCAAGACGAUCGUGCAAGAAUGCGAUAUCGGCCUCAUCACGAUUCGAAUCGACUCGCCGUCAACAUCUUCGGCGCCCUCGGGCCGCUUAGCAAUACAAGCACCUCAACCGAAACGAAGCGGUCCGGUGGAAGAAGAUAUCAUCGUUCGUACUUGCAAGGCAAUGGGGAUCGGCCGUGAGGAUGUCGCAGCGCACCAAUGGCUCGAGAACGGGCCGAAAUGGUUUGGGCUGCUUCUCAAGGGCGGCGCUCGAGCCGUGCUGGAUGUCAAAAUAAAUGAUGCGGCGCUGGCACCUGCGAGAGAAUUCGACUGGGGAAUUGUAGGGAUGUACGAUGAUGCGGAUCCCCAGACGGGUGGGACGGAUGAAAAGCCGCUCUUCGAAGUUCGUGCCUUUGCACCCGAUAGCGGGGUUCUGGAAGACCCAGUCACGGGGAGUUUAAACCUUGGCAUUGCCCAAUGGCUCAUCAAGACCAACGUCGCGCCACCCACAUAUAUCUCCAGCCAAGGUACCUGUCUCGGUCGUCGCGGACGGGUCCACAUCAGUAGUGGGCCUGCCCAGCAAGAGGGCGGGCUGCCAGAUGUUUGGGCUGCAGGCGAUACCAUCACUUGUAUCAAGGGGACUGUGCUGAUUUGAGACAGAACAGAAAAGCGAAGAACUUGUAAAUAAAAAACCUUACUCAGCAACAACUUGGCAUGCACCGUAAAUUCGAUGAGCACAACAUGC